AUGUCGUCGAGUAUGAGAACGCCCUCGUACCGAGGCAAUUCUCGACAUGAAGCUCCAGCUGGCUCUACUCCCGGUCCGAUUAGGAGAAGACCUCAAAAUGGCCUAAUGAAGCAUCUCGUUUCAAGUCCCUACACUACUACUCAAGUCGUUCGCGACAAUGGUAAUAACCGUUGGCUCCCCACAUUACGUGGCCUUCUCCAUGUGACCACAGGCACCGUUGGCACUCUUGCUACCGUCGGUGGUGUCGUUGGCCGUGUCGGAGGCGCUGCCACAAGAUCGUUCUUCUCCUAUGUCUCCAAGUCUACUAGAAACUACAUGGGAUGGGAUACUGCUCCCGCCCAACCGAUCAGAACUUCCUUGACAGAUGGAAGUCUUCAUGAAGAACAAGACCGAAGAUACCGUGAGAGAGCUGCUGCCUAUUAUCAGAACCAAGAUAGAGAAGCCGAAGAGGCUCGAAGAGAAGCUGAUCGUGCUGCCGAGGUUAGAGCACUCGGUAAUUCACUACAGCAAGUUUCUCCUCAGGCCCCUCAAGUUUCCGCCACAUGGACAGAAGAGCUUAGGAGGACCGGUCCUGCCCACACAGUUGAUCGCCAGACUGAGGAUAUAGUACUUGAGAAAACCUCGAAGACUCAAAAGGCUACCUCGAAGCCUGCUCGAGAACGCGGUUACCCAUACCGUCAACAUAAACGAAAUGACAGUGGAUUCAAAGCUGAAUUCCAGGAAAACUUCAAAUCCGACCCAAGCAAGGACGCCGAAAAGCUGGCCUUCCUUCUUUCCUACACUGGCUGGAAGCCAUCAUUUUUCCGUAAUCAAGCCUCUGUCUUUCAACGCCUGCCAAAACUUCCGGACGACUUUGACAUUCUCAGCGACACCGACCACACCGAGAACAUCGUUCGCCUUGCUGAGAUUAUUUCUGACCGUGGUUUCCUAAAGCGCCAGAAUAUCGUUUGUGAGGUCACAUUUGAGCCCGUUUGGGGUCGCAAGCCUGUUGGUGACGCUGCUAUCGCUGCUCUUCACAAGGUCUAUAUUCCAGAAGACCAAUUUGAACCAGAACCCUCUUAUCAACCUCGCGAGUUCUCAGAGGAAGAACGUGAAAUCAUGAAAAACAAUGGCGACUUCUCCGCUGUUCGCAACGAAUUCAAGAAACAAACAAUUUACGACCUUAUCUUCCACACCCCGUAUGAUCACCCACUUCCGGCAGCUGACAUUGAGCUCCCAGAUGAGGAAUUCGAGGUCUCUAGAGACGACCCGAGAUUCCGACAACUGUGGCAGCUUCUCCCAUAUGUCCGUCUACCUGGAAACCGACACUUGCUCCAAGCUAACGCCAAAACACGCCUCGCGUACAAGAAAAUGGUCAGCCGUCGCGACAACUGGUUCUGGAAGCUUAUCCAAGAAGUCAGAAAGCGUGACCGUUAUUUAGCUAAGGUCUACGACCACUUUGACUUGAACCGAAAGCGUUCUGAGAUGAACUGGGACGAGUUCCGAAGAGUCCACGUCGUCCGUAACAACAAUCCACCAGCAAACAAACCCGAGAAAGCUCAGGAAGUUCCCCACCAAGUUCCCCAUCAAGCUGUAGAUAAGCACCGUAAGAUGCGCAAAGCGAGUGUCAGUCCAGAAAGACCACCUGUUCAACAAUACGACCCUGAAAUUCACAAAAAGCAUCGAAUUCGACAUAACCGGGCUCAGAAUUCCCGGACUAGCUCGAAAUGCUGGGUCAAUAAGGAAAUGGAUCUUUCCGAUGAGGAUAAUUUCCCCAGCAAGAGAUCCGGUCGCUCAAGAUACACCGCUCAAGAUGCAGAAUACCAGGCAAACCGACUUGCAAGAGCUGUUGCAGCUGAGCCAAAACCGAAACCGCAGCCCAAGAAAGUUACCUUCGCUCCCGGCCACACCCUCAGGGUGUUUGAACAAGAGGACUCAGAUGCUUCCCGUAACGCAUCCCCAGCUGACACACACGCUAGUAAGAAGAUGAAAGCUACAGAUGAAACCUCUAUUCGAACCGCCCAAACUUCAGCUGGGCCUGGUCAACACAAACGCUCCGGUCUUAGCAUGGCCCCAAGUACCUUCACGAAGCCCAAGACUGUCGGCAAAGGGUCAUCGGAUCCGAUUCACGCUUCUUACCAAAAGUCGUUAGUUGACGUUCCUCGUGAGUGGCGACAGCGCGAUGAUACUGGUACAUUUUCUGCUUGGGAAGAGGAUUCUGAAGAAGCAGGUGUCUUUUACGAGCUCGAUAUCAUUGACGGAAGGCUUCCAAAGGGCCGAGGCUCAUGGGAAACCGAAUUGGAGCAAACUUGCGGUCCAAAACGCGUCCGUAUCAUCAGAUCUAACGGUACCUCUCAAGACUUCGCAGUUUGGAGCCAGGAUGGUAUCCUCCGCGAUCUCGACUGGGUUCCCGCCGGUCAACAAUCCGAAGAAGAAAAGGAACGUGCACGCCUUGAGGAGGAAGUUGCAGAGUUUAAACGCAUGUACCCAAAUCUCCCAACUCCGGAAGUCGAGGCUCUCCCAGACCUCAAAACCGCUUUCCAAAACGGUUACACGUCGCCGAAGAACGAAGCAGAACGCAUUCGCAUGUAUCGCAUCAUGGCUGCGACGAAGGACAAGGUUAAGGGCCCAAAGUUCCGAGCUGCCACAGAUGAAGAAGCUGCGAAGUGGGGUCCAGAUAGCACUUUUGAAGAGACGGCCCGGAUGCACCAACGUGCACGGGAGAUGGAUGAGAGGGAGGCGGCCCUCAAGAAAGAGGAGGAGAGACUCGCCCAGUUGAGGGCUGAGUUGACUAAGGCUCAGGAGCUCCCGAAUAUCCUUAAGAAGCGACGACGAUCGAGCGACCACUCGCCAGCCAAAUCUCCAAUUAAGGCUACGGAGAUUACUGGCGAGUUCCCGAGAUUCAAUCCUUUCGGGGCAGUUCCUGCCCAAGCCGGUGGGUCGCCCACCAAGUCUUCUCGCUCCCUACUUUCACCCCCUCUUUCGAAUGAAGACGACACCAGCGGGAAGGAGGAGAACACACCUGGCUCCAAGGCCAAGGCCCGUCUUACGGGCUUGUUCGACCCUGUCCAGACCCAGAAGAGUUCUGGGUUUACCGUCGUCGAGGACGCGAAGGAGCAGGGCUGCGGGGACCAUGUCGCCGGUACGAACGAGGUCUUCCGACCUAUCGUUAAUGGCGCUACGUUGCCGAGACUCGGAUCGGCCGGCGACAUCCCCAAGGCCCAAUCCCUCCUCCCCCCGGCCCCCAUCACUGCUGCCCCGGCCACCCCUUCUGCCAUUACGCCUGCGGAGGCUGGCAUGUUCGCCUCCGUCCGGCCAUCUCUUAAGAAUGAGAUGAGCCUGGACGAGGGGUCGAGCAUGGAGCUCGACAACACUCCGCAGUCGGCCAAGAAGAUCAGGAGCCCGAAGGAGUUCGGGUUUGUGACCAGUGCGGCAACCACCCUGGCCGAAACCUUCAAGCCGGUGGUUCCGGCUUCAUUCGACUUUGGGGGGGCAAUGCCACCGAAGAUGAGCUUCGGUGGCGACAAUAAGUCGUUCGCCUUGGGGGGUCCAACAAGCAACCCCUUCGCUGGGAACAGCACGUUCCAAUUUGGAACUGCUGCGGCCGCCCCAUCCAUCUUUGGGGUUUCGACGACGGCUGAAAAGCCAUCCGAAGUGUUCACCUUCGGUGGCAACACCAAACCGGCAGCCAAGAAGGCACCGGAGGUGUUCAACUUCGGUGGUCCCAGCACCACCCCAGCCGCUGCCCCGCCCAUCAACUUCGGGGUACCCAAGCCGGCCGAGAAGACGGACGUCUUCAACUUUGGAGCUCCAACCACCGCCCCAUCCGCCCCCGUCAUUUUCGGAGCCACGAGCAGUGCUCCCACGACCAAUGCUUUGUUCGGAGCCACUUCGGGAGCAACUGCAGCUCCAUCGUUCACGGCGCCGGCUUCCUUCAACUUUGGCGAAGCUACCGCGGCCCCAGCUUUCGGCGGUAACAAUGGUGCAACUUCGAGUGCAUCAUUCACCUUUGGCUCCACUGCGACCACCCAACCGAUUCAAUUCGGUGCGGAGUUGCCGAAGCAGACGUCUACGUCGUUCAACGACAACUUUACGUUCGGAGCCAAGACUGAAGCACCUCCUACCUUCGGUUUUAACGCAUCAAAUGCUACAGCUGCCCCCGCUUCCACAACUACCGCUGCUCCAAUUUUCGGUACUUCUAAUGCUGCCCCCACUCUUGCUCCAACCGGUUUCCAACCUGAGUCUGCAAACAACAUGUUCGGUUUCCAGCCUCCAGCUGCUCCCCAUGGGCGUAAUAUCAAGGCCCCUGUAAGCCGUAAACCAGGCAGUGUCCGCAGCCGACGUUAA